GGUUCUGUCAAGGAGGCUCUCCUGGUGCUCAAAUGGGGCGGUGAACUCACUCAGUUGGGCCGAGAGCAGGCCAGACAGCUAGGCGAGACAUACCGCCACACGAUGUACCCAGGAGAAAGCCAUGGCCUACUGCGACUGCACAGCACCUUCAGACACGACCUGAAGAUCUACUGCUCGGACGAG